UGAGCUCACACCGCCCGCCUCCGCUCCGUCUAGGUGCAGGCGUUUAGUCUCUUGUCUGUCUUUAUCACAGACAGAUUCAGGGCCACAGCUCCCAUGCGCUCCUCACUUUCAGACUUUCUUCUAAAACUUUUCCUGCUCAUGACUAAAUGGAGACAACCUGAGCGUCGCAGUUUUCUGGUGGAAUAACCCGCUCUGUUUCUUAAAAAAAAUAAAAAAAAUAAACACCGGUCAGACUACUACAUAUAAAGAUCAACUUUAAUAUUCCGUCGGACUUCGCAUUUGCCGCAUCAUAGGGUGUAGGAGAUGGAGAACGGGAUGUCAAAUGAUGUUGAUGCCAUGUGGGAGAAGGUGGAGUGCAAACGCUACGAGCUGUGCCGCGCCAUCUCUCCAGCAAAGCUUACCCCCUACCUCCGUCAGUGUAAAGUCCUGGAUGAACAGGAUGAGGAUGAGAUUCUCAACUCCAUGCUGCUGGUCUCAAAAGCAAACCGCACAAGCCGUCUACUUGACAUCCUCCGCACUAAAGGAGAGCGGGGAUAUGUGGCAUUCCUUGAAAGUCUGGAGUUUUACUACCCUGAGCUGUACAAGCUGGUCACGGGAAAAGAUCCCACUCGGCGCUUCUCCACCAUCGUUGUGGAGGAAGGUCACGAAGGCCUGACUCACUUUCUAAUGAAUGAAGUGAUGAAGCUGCAGCAGAAAUCCAAAGUGAACACCCUGCAGUUUGCAGAGCUCAGCAUGAAGAACUGCACACUGGAAGAUGAGCAAAAGAAACUUCGGCUGGCCAAUCAGGAGCUUCAGGCCUUCCAACAGAGGUACAAUAAGUUGAGAGAAGAGAGGAAUACCUAUAAUGACGAGUUGCUGAGAGUAAAGGAUGAAAACUACAAACUGGCCAUGAGGUAUGCCACGCUCAGUGAGGAGAAGAACAUGGCUGUGAUGAGGAGUCGAGACUUGCAGCUAGAGAUUGAUCAGCUGAAGCACAAGCUGAACAAGUUGGAGGAGGAGUGUAAGAUGGAGAGGAGACAGAGUCUCAAACUGAAGAACGACAUUGAGAAUCGCCCAAAAAGAGAGCAGAUCUUUGAGCUGGAAAGAGAGAAUGAAAUGCUCAAGAUUAAACUACAGGACCUACAGUCCAUCAUUCAGCCCUGUCCCUUACCUGCGUCAGACAAGGCCAUCCUUGACAUUUUGGAGCAUGACAGACAGGAAGCUCUCGAAGACAGACAGGAUCUGGUCAACCGCCUCUACAACCUACUUGAAGAAGUCAGACAGGCAGAGGAACUACGAGAUAAGUACUUGGAGGAGAAGGAGGACCUCGAGUUGAAGUGCUCCACACUUCAGAAGGACUGUGAGAUGUAUCGCAACCGCAAUGACACCAUCGCUACACAGCUGGAGGAGGUAGAGAAGGAGAGGGACCAGGCUUUUCGAUCCAGAGACGAGGCCCAGCACCAGUUUUCCCAGGGUCUCAUCGACAAAGACAAAUACCGCAAACAGAUCAGAGAGCUUGAGGAGAAGAGUGAUGAACUCCAUAUUGAGAUUGUUCGCAAAGAAGCCAAGUUGGUCACACUUGAGUCUCGCUUGCGACGGAUGUCCAAAGACAUUCCCCUGGAUCAGAGUUUACCACGGGACUUUCUUCCAACCAUCAUUUCUCAAGUGGGGACACAGGGCCAAUCUGAAUGGUCCAGUGAUGAGUCCCAUGAGGAGAAGCCACCAUUAGAAAAGCCUCCCCUAAAGCGCAGACCCAACCUGAAAUCACCGAAGAGAGUUAAGUCUCCAGUGUUUUUGGUUAAAGACAUUCAACUUAAUUCGGAUUCAGGUCAUCGUGCAGCCAACGGAGGGGAUUUUCUGGAGAUACAGACGGCAAACUGUCAUGGCAAUGGCAACUCGCUCCCACCCUCACCCUCACCCUCGCCCUCGCCUUCCCCUUUGCCUUUCCCGAUGUCUCCCACGUAUCCUCCCGCUUUGGCUCCCCAGCUCUCCUCCUCCACAUCCCCGCUCCUGUUCCACACUGCAGAGCAGACCAGACCAAAUAUGCUGCGUUACCGUAACGACAGCAUGAUGUCCAUAGUGGCGGAGCCACCUGAGAAAGCAUCGCUGUACCGCAGAGAGAAGGAAACGGAGAAUGACUUCAAUCCCCGCAGGAACUUCACAAAUGACAACCUGUCAGACUUUGAUAGUGACUACAUGGAAAUGGAGGGAGAGGAUGGCCCUAACUCUGUGAUCUCAUCAUCAUCCUCCCAUCAGUCAGAGGGGAUGGAUACAUAUGAUCUGGAGCAGGUCAACAAUAUCAUUAGAAAACUGUCUUUGGAGAGGCCGUUCCGCCCGUCUUUGUCCUCCUUUUCUAGAAUCAGCUCGACCGUGAAGCAGAUGCAGACGCUAGUGUUGCAAGGCGACAACCUGCUUAAGGACAUCAUGCUGGUUGGCGGCAACGAGAGUGGGAUUUUCGUCUCAUCUGUCCAGUCCGGGUCCAGUGCUGAGAGGGCAGGGCUGCGAGAGGGUCACCAUCUCCUCCUGCUUGAGGGCUGCAUACGAGGGGAAAACCAAAGUGCUCCAUUGGACACCAGUACUCAGGAAGAAGCCCACUGGACGCUGCAGCACUGCUCUGGACCUGUCAAGCUGCACUGCCGUCCCAGUUUUGACUCGUAUCGUCGUCUACAGAGGGAUCUAGGGGAUGGCAAGCUAGUAUCUGGUGACUCGUUCUACAUACGAGUCAACCUGAACAUCUCUGAGCAAUCAGACAGCUGCUCUUUAAGCGUGCACUGCGAUGAGGUGGUGCAUGUGCUGGACACAAGGUACCUGGGCCGCUGCGACUGGAUGUGCGCCCGUGUGGACCCCUACACCGGCUCUGAUCUGGCCGAACGGGGCACCAUACCCAGCAGUUCAAGAGCACAGCAGCUGCUUCUAGUAAAGAUUCAGAAGUUAAUGAGUCGAGGAGGAAAAGAAGAUAAUGAAACCCGCCGCAACAGCAAGAACAAUUUACAGCCUGAAGAAGCCAGCUCCUCUCCUGAUCCUAAAGCCAGCCCACGCUUGUCUAGAGCCAGCAUCUUCCUCACUCAGAUUUUGCAGUUCGUCAGCAGGGUGGACAUCAAGUACAAACGAAUGAACAGCAGCGAGCGUGUGAGGCUCAUCAACUCUGGCAGCACAACACUACCCAGACAAGGCAUUGAGGCACUGAGACCAGAAGAUGCCGCUGACCCGGACAAUGAGCUGAGCAGAGGUUUGAACCUGAUUGCGUACAGCCCCGUCACCCUUCAGCGGACCCAGAGAAGACGACCGGUCCUAUUUACUCCCACUGCUCUGGGGAAAACCAUCAUCCAGAAAAUUCUGAACAUGGGGGCAGCCAUGGACUUUGACAUCUGCAAACCAGAUUCUUUGUCCAAAGAGGAGUUUCAUCUGAAGCAGAAUGUGGAGCCCUUCAUUCACUACAAAGAGAAACAGACCUCAUUUGAAUGCAUCACACGAGAGAACAUCGAGGCCGUCGCUGCCAAAGGAAAACAUUGCCUGCUGGAGGCUGAGCUGAGCUGCGUCAAAGACCUUCUGCGGAGGGAAAUCUACCCGAUCAUCAUUUACGUCAAGAUCUGUGAGAAGAAUGUCAAGAAGUUGAAGAAGUUGCCUCUUCGCGUGGAGUCAGAGGAGGAGUUUGUGAAGUUGUGUCGAGCAAAAGAGAAGGAGCUGGAGGCCAUACCUUGCCUCUAUGCCACCCUGGAGCCCGAGGCUUGGGCAGGGACAGAUGACCUGAUCAGGGUCAUCAAAGACCGGAUACUGGAGGAGCAGAAGAAGAUCAUCUGGGUGGAGCAGGAGCUCCUGUAGACUGUUACGCAAUAACCUGCAAACAGAAACAGGUGUAGUGUAGUGGAGAAUAUUUGUGUUUGCAUAUAUUCUCCACUACAGUAUCUAAACACAGUAAAACAGAAACCUUGUACAGUGAGCUGCCAUUCUUUUAUAUUCUUUUAAAUUGAUGUUUUAUAGACCUAAAUAAACACAUUACGCAUUUUAUAAAGACGUGGCUCUGAUUUAGAAAGAUAAACAUUACUUCCUUUGCUUAGAGAAAAAAAUGAACAAAAGAGGAAAGGUGUUAAAUUAAGAUGCAUUUUCAGGCCUGUCAGAUCUUUACCAAGGCUAUACUGCCCUCUAGUGGCUAAUAUUAGGAAUCUACCCUGUAAAUAAUCCAAUGAAUGGCAUUUAACCUGAAACUGCAGGAGCACACAAUUACUUCCCAAAAUGUGAAUUAUUUUAUUAUCAUUAAUCUUUGUAUUACAUUAGAUUAAAUAUGUGGUGUGUGUAUUUCUGUUGCACUUUGCAUUAAAGAUAAUUAUUGCAAUCCAUGCAGAUAUUUCAGACUAGCUUUGAGGAUAGCUGUAAUAAAGCUCAUAACAACAGAACCAGACUACAAUCACUUUACUUGAUACCAUUGCUGAAUAAACACCUGAAAUCCAUUCUGAUGCAUUGGUCCAUGUAAAAAAAAAAAAAAAAGAUCUUUUAUUUUUAACUGGGUAAACUUGUU